GAAUGUAUCGUGCUGUAUAAUCAGCUGAGGGAAGAGGAACAAAAUCACAGUCUAUCACAACCCUUUACUUGUGAACCAGGCUGAGGAGGAGCAUCUGUAUCAGUGCCCGCGGAGAGUGAUGGACGGGCAGCGGGUCGCCACAACACACGCAUUGUCCUCCCGCAGAGUGAAGUGAGGGGACCUGCAGGGUCUGGCUGGGCGGAGGCGUGUCCCGUUUGCCCUUGAGGAGACGAUUGGCUGCCGCAGGAGACCAGCGGGGGAGAGGGAACACCGGCAGGAGAAAGGGGGAAUAACAAAUGGCCAAGAAGAGGUGAUGGAUCUUCUGGGAGAUGCUCCGGUAGAUGACUGAGGCGGACCGAGAGUGAAGUUCAACCCCGGCGAGAUCCGCUGUUUGCGGGAAAAGCAGGUGUCUGUCGCCAUUGACGUUUUAAAAUGGAGUCCACUCACCUCCUGAGCAGCUCUAAGAAGAGGGUGAAGAUCCACCCUCACACCGUCACAGCCAAGUACGCCACGCACACCCCUUACUCCCCUCAACCCGGAGUGCACACACACUUCCCCCAACCAGGGGACGAGGGCUAUGACGACGCCCCGUCCUUUGAGGACUUUGGCUCCUUCCUGGAGGAGACGUCGGACAAGAAGCAGCUGACGGAGAGCAGGAAGUGGCCUCUGACUCUGUUCGGGCCCAAAGACAAAGACACGACGAACAAACCUCAGGUGGCCGGCGGAGAAGAAGGGAGCGAGGGGGGAGCCAGACCGGCGAAGGGGUCCGGGAAAGGAGUAGGGGAACAGCUGGCCAGUUUCGGGGAGGCGUCUGUGUCUGCGUCCCGCCUCACCUGGGUGGUGCUGCUCGGCGCGGCGCUGGCGCACGGCUGUUUGAUUGUUUUGACCCGCCUGGCCUCCGAACGCUUCAGCCUGGGCCCCCUGUUUCUGCUCUUGGUACGGUCCAUCGUGCAGCUGCUUUCUGUGGCUGUACCGCUGCACAGGGGGGAGAACCCUUUCGGACCGCCGGGCUACCGCCUGCGUCUGCUCUGCUACGGCGUCGCCUACUCUCUCUCCCUCUGCUGCGCCUACGCCUCCUUGACCUUCGUCUCUCCCGGGAACGCAGAGAGCGCCUGGCGCCUGGCGACCACGGCGCUGUCGGCGACCCUGGCCUUCCUGCUCCUGGAGGAGAGGCUGGGAUUGGCCGACGGGAUCACCGUCGCCGCGGGGCUGUGUGGUUUGGGGCUCGUGUUGCUUCCCACAGCGGACGAGAGCAAUUCAGAUUCACCGACCGACCCGGUCGUGUUCUGGAGGGGUGCGUUCGGUUGGUCUCUCUCAGCUCUUGCGGGACUGUGGAUGGCCUUGGCACUCGUUGGGUAUCGUUCCCUGAAGGAGAGGGUGGGAGUGGGCACAGCUUUGUUCACGGUCAGCUGGACGGGCUGCCUGCUCGCCCCGGCCUCGCUGGCUCUGCUCCAGGAGGGCUGGUCCUGGCCUUCGAGCGGCCCAGCCUGGAGUCUGGUCCUGGGCCUGGUCGCAUGCUCGGUAGCGGCCUUUCUGGGGAUGACGCACGCCCUCACCCGACUCCACCCUUCUCUGGUCUCCGCCUCUCAGAGCCUGGAGGUACCUGUGGCCAUGCUGCUGCACCUGGCGGUGCUGCCGCUGGCUCCCAACGCGCCGGAGGUCGUCGGGAACGUGAUGGUCGUACUGAGCGUGGGCUGGCUGGUGGCGAUAAAGCUGCUGCCGGCCCGCGGGGGAGGGCGACGCCAACGGGAAGAGUACGAGGAGAUUCUGGACUCGCCUAUCAAAUAGGCAAAUCUUCUCUCCUCUUCACACCUACACACCCUUGUCUUCCCCCUCACUCCCUCCUUCAUGAGAUUGAUUCGGGUGUACAUAAGAGACUGCUGAAUGUUUAUUGGAGCUUUAUCGA